AUGACGGAGCCGGUGUCUCCAAGGAUAGCUUUGAUGGCUGCUCAACAAAGUCAAGUGCUAGAAACUACUGGGAGAUUGCUAACGCAAGGUGUCCAGACCGUUGACUCCGAGGAAGAAGGGGUUACGGGUGUGGUCAAUAUAGGAAGCCAGACCGAAAAAUUCUUGGUUGAGGACAAGGCCAACACUGAGGCAUCGGACAAGGCUGUGGGCGAGGAUGUGGCCUACAGUGAUACGUCGAAGGGGACUGUUUCGGCGCCCGUUCAGGAUUGGUGCGAGAAGCCUUGCCCCGAAGAAGAUAUAGAAAUCGACUGUGUGAGAGAGCCAGAACAUUAUUGCGUGGGAUGUGCAGCUGCAUUUGCCCAUUUGGAUGUCUCCACCUUCGAUCGUCCUUGUGGUAUUUGCUCUGCCCCGACUGGGUGUGCCGGCCUGAGAGCGGAUGGGCCUCUCAUGACUGACGAGGAGUUAGAGAGAGCCAACUUGAACCUCCCGGCCGAAUCACAGGCUAGAGUUCCCGGCACGUCUAAGCCGAAAGGGAGAAACCUUAUUAAGGGAGAGGAGUGGCCCCCAGCUGCUUGGGAGCAUGUAGAUGGCUUCGAAGGAGAUGAUAUAUGCCAAGACCCCUUACGGUUUGCUGUCCCAGAGUUUCUGGACGAGACGGUUAAGUUACCAGAUAUAUGUGAGAGCCCUACGGAAGCGCAACAACCCGUUGCUGACCUAUGUGAGGAGUUCAAGGAUCGUUUUGUGUUACGUCACGGACGUUGUACUCAAGCUGAGCACUCGGUCGACACUGGGGCGACUCGUCCAAUUUGUGAGAGAAUAAGGCCUAUUCCUCACAAGUGCCGUGAUGAGAUCUCGGCCUUACUGAAGGAGAUGGAGGAGCUUGGUGUUAUUAGAAGGAGUACGUCGGCAUGGAGGUUCCCGUGCGUCUUCGUUCCGGAGAAGAAUAAUAAAGUCAGAAUGUGUAUCGACUACAGGAACCUCAACAAGGCAUGCCAUACUGAGGCGCACCCUGUGCCCCGGCCAGACGAUGUACAGGAGCACCUGGCUGGUGCACGAGUGUUUUCGACUCUCGAUUUGAGAAGUGGUUACUGGCAGAUCCCGAUUCGCAAGGAGGACCAACGGAAGACCGCCUUCUGCCCCGGUCCAAGCUUCCCAUUAUCUGAUGAAGAGCAUUUGGAGCACUUGAGGAUCGUCUUUGAGCUUCUACGGGCGGCUGGUAUGACGGUGGCCGCUGAGAAGUGCGAGUUUAUGCAGGAUCGAGUGACCUAUUUGGGUCACAUGUUCAAUAGUACUGGGAUGAGUCCCGACUUGGGUAAGGCCGAGAUUAUCCUACGGUGGCCUCUACCUCGGACUGCUCCCGCCCUUCGGUCUUUCUUAGGGCUGGCAGGGUACUAUAGGAAUUUUGUCCCGCAAUUUGCGGAUAGGUCUCGGUGUCUUUCUGAAAUUGUGAACUACUGUACGAAGAACAAGGUUGUGGAACUCGGGAAUCAGUGGGGCAAGGAGGAAGAGCUGGCCUUCAAUGACCUGAAGCAGUGGAUAGCCAGUCUCCCCUUGUUGGCCUACCCAGAUUUCUCGAGACCAUUUCGGCUCAUGACCGACGCCAGCGAUGUAGCGAUAGGGGCUGUGGUGGAGCAGGACGGAAGGCCUUUAGCCUUCUUCAGCCAGUCUCUGACCCCUACUAAGAAAGUCUGGCCGGUGUAUGAGCGGGAAGCCUAUGCCAUCUUCAAGGCAUUGGAACGGUUCAGACCGUUGCUCUGGGGUUACCAUUUGGAGUUGGUCGUCUUUUCGGACCACAAGCCUUUGGAAUGGAUACAGACGGCUACGACUGCGAAAGUGCAACGCUGGCUCAUUAGUAUGUCCCAGUUCAAGUUUAAGGUAUUUUACAAGAAGGGUAAGCACAACGUCGUAGCUGAUGCCUUGUCCCGGAUCACUACAUCUGACGACAAAGUGACAGAGCCAGAUCUUGGAGCACUCCAGCGUGAAUUGCAAGGUAUACCUGUCCUGGUGACAGAUAAGUUGUUGACUAAAGACAGGGAGGCCGACGUGUUGAAGGAGGACAAUUCUGCCCCUGCUUGUGUUCUCACCCUUUGUGAGCAAUGGUCAACAGCUGAUUUGGUACGUGAUCAAGAGUUGGAUCCUGUUCUUCGGGUGGUGAGAGACAGGGUCCGGACAGGAGAGCCUUUAGCGAAGGAUGAGCUCAAGGAUCCAGAGUAUCGGCCUUAG